UAUAAACAAAAGAAAACCGUUGCGGCGUCAAAAGAAGGGGGAACAGGGGAUGAAAAUGUCGGCAUUAUUGUCUAGUCAGACCAGUUAAUCUCGACGGACGCCGGCCAAGGCAGACCGUCGUCGUCGUCUCAGGUCGAGCUCAACCAAUAAUAGUAUGACACAUGUUAUGAACAGAGCCAGAUUACCACUCUUGAGUUUUGGUCAAGCUCUCCGUACUCCCAGACUUGCAUACCACUCCAUGACCCAGAAAGCCUCACCCAGAAUCACAAUGCCGGACAGAGACUACAGUGCCAGCUCCGACGUGGCCAAGUCCAACUGGCUGAUCACGAAGCUCAGCAGAGACGGCAAAGUUGGAGAAGCCCGCCAAGUGUUCGACGAAAUGCCUGAGCGGGACGUGGUGACGUGGACCACGGUGAUCACGGCGUACAUCAAGUGCGGGAUGGUGGAGGAGGCCAGGAGGCUGUUUGAUAGACCCGGUGCUGAGAAGAAUGUCAUCACUUGGACUGCCUUGGUUGGCGGGUAUAUAAGGCUGAGACGGAUUAAGGAGGCUGAGUGGUUGUUCUAUCAAAUGCCGGUGAGGAAUGUGGUUUCUUGGAACACUAUGAUUGAUGGGUACGCGAGGAGCCGGCAGGUUGAUCAGGCGUUGGAGUUGUUUGAGAGGAUGCCGGAGAGGAAUGUGGUUUCUUGGAACACGGUUUUGACGGCUCUGGCGCAAUGCGGGAGGAUUGAGGAGGCCAGGAGGCUGUUUGGUUUGAUGCCAGAAAGGGAUGUUAUUUCGUGGACCGCAAUGGUUGCGGGGUUUUCAAGAAAUGGCAGGAUCGAUGAAGCUAGAGAAGUUUUUGAUAGGAUGCCGAGAAGGAAUGUGGUCUCGUGGAAUGCAAUGAUCACGGGUUAUGCUCAGAAUGGGAGGCUGGAGGAGGCUCUUGAACUUUUUGAGAGGAUGCCGGAGAGGGACAUGCCUUCGUGGAAUACGAUGGUUACUGGCUUUAUUCAGAAUGGGGAUUUAAAGCGGGCGUGGGACUUGUUUAUUCAAAUGCCACAGAAGAAUGUCAUAUCAUGGACUACAAUGAUCACUGGGUAUGUACAAGAUGGGAGAAAUGAAGAUGCAUUGAUGAUCUUUUCGAAAAUGGUGGCUGAUAAUGGGGUGAGACCUAAUCAGGGAACUUUUGUCAGUAUCUUGAGUGCUUGUAGUAACUUAGCUGGUCUUUGUGAGGGACGUCAAAUACAUCAGAUGAUAACUAAAACAGUUUAUCAGGAAUGUGUACAUUUGGUGUCUGCACUCAUAAACAUGUAUUCAAAAUGUGGUGAGUUAGUCUCUGCUAGGAAGAUGUUUGAAGAUGGAUCGACAAUCCAUAGGGAUUUUAUCUCCUGGAAUGGAAUGAUUGCAGCCUAUGCACAUCAUGGAUGUGGUAUUGAGGCAAUUAACUUGUAUAAUGAAAUGCGGCAAUUGGGGUGCAAACCUGAUGAUGUUACUUAUGUGGGGCUUCUUUCUGCAUGCAGCCAUGCUGGUUUGGUGGAGGAGGGACUAAAUCUUUUUGAUGAGCUUCUUAGAGAUGGGUCAAUACAAGUGAGGGAAGAUCACUACACUUGCUUAGUUGAUCUUUGUGGUCGAGCAGGGAGGCUGAAGGAGGCUUUUGAUAUCCUCGAGAAGCUUGGGACCAACCCAUCAGCAUCUAAUUGGGGGGCUCUUCUUGCUGGAUGUAUCGAUCAUCGUAACAUGGAUACUGGGAAGCUAGCUGCAGAGAAGCUUUUAAAUGAGGGGCCAGAUGAUGCAGGAAGUUACUCGUUGUUGUGGAACUUUUAUGCUAGAUCUGGGAAUUGGAGAGAAGCUGCAAAGAUGAGGAUUAAAAUGAAAGAGAAGGGGUUGAAAAAGCAGCCUGGUUGCAGUUGGAUAGAAGUUGGAAAUAUGGUGCAUGUGUUUGUGGUCAGUGACAAGUCUCAUUGCCAAUCGCAACUUAUAUAUUCUGCACUUAACGAUUUACAUAAACAAAUGAAGAAGAUUGGCUACAUACCAAACAAUGAUUUGAAUGUAGAUGAAGAUUUUUCAGUUACAUAAAUUCUUACUUUGGAUAUCUUCAAACUUCAAUAGGAAGAAUUAAAGUGACAUGUGGACUCCACAAGAUCUGACAGUAGAGGAGUACAUUGGGGGCACCUGAGUUUUUGGGAGAUUGGCACUCCAUUAAGAGCAAAAAGCUUAUGGAAAAAGUAUGGACUGGAAGCAGUACUUGUAAGGCUUGUUUGUCUGGCAAGCUAAAGCAUGGGGUUGGACUGUUUCAAACAAAUCUAAGUGAUGUCAUUAAAUUGUUGCGAUUAAAAGGUUACAACAACUGAUGUUAUCUGCAGCAGGAUAAAACUAGAUUCUCUUCUCACCCUCCAGUAAUCUCAUUACAGCAACAAGACCAUCUCAUCUAUCUUCAGGGAAAGCUAAUAUGGGGAUAUUUGUGUGGUUGAAGUAAAGAAAGUGGAGGUUUGCCAUUGGAGAGGAGGCUACACCUGCAUUGCAACUCUAGACUUAUGUUCCACUGAGAGGCAUGUCACAAUUUUGCAACUGUUAUAGUUUUGUGAACUACAAAACAUAACUUCUAGCGUUUGGAAUUACAAAGAUUGAUCAACAUCAGUCCUUAAAAAGGAUCUUGACAACAUUGGGUGUCUGGUUCUCCAUAUGGCCGUCUGUAUCUUCGGAAUUAGGUAUUAUUCUUUCUUCAAUUCAUCUUGGCAACCUCCUAUAUAUAGAAUUUUGGGGUGAGCAUCUUUUGUUGUGUAUGUUUUAAAUGCUGAGUUGUGUGGUGCUUUUGUCAGCUGUUGUUGUAUGCUUUCUUUAUGUUAAAUGAAAGUUGUCUUUUUGGUAAACAAAAGUUGAAUGAAAGUUAUGUUUCUCGAAUCUCUGUUGCUUCAUUGCAUAGUCUGCCAUUUGACACCGUGGUUCGGCCUUCAUCUAACCUUUUCGACGAAGCCAACCCUACUCGUUUCAGGGACAGAGACUUUGCCAAUUUUCUUCAGUAUAUUGCUUCGUGUGACCACCAAACGAAGAGUAAGAAUUUCUUGCAAUCGAGGAGAUUGAUUUGAUUGAUCGAGCACAGAAAAGAAAGAUAUCAUUAGAUUUUGGCUUUUUGACUGCUUGGUGCCUGGACUGCGAUAUACUAGACAAUAGUUAUCUUGACCCAGCUUUUCGGGAAAUUGAAAGGGGAAUUCCGUAUUUAACUAUUUAUUAAGGAAAAUAAAUAAAUGGGUGGAGAACUAUUGUAAUCUGCUACUUUCUGGCUCAUGCAAAUUCAUGAUACAUGUAACAAUAUCAAUAAAACUCUUGGUAUGUAUGGGGCAUUAAUUGAC